AAUCAAUCGUAAUUCAAAAGUCCAAUAGAAUAUUCUAUAGAGAUAAUAUCAACUACAUUCAUUAAAUAUGAUAUCCUAUGUUAAACUAUAAUUAUCACUCAUAAAUCAACAUCGAUCAAUGAUUCUUUGACCAAGAAAAAGUUAUUGUAAUUAGAAGAAAUGGUGAGAAUCAAGAAUGUUUCAGAAGAAAGCAACAAGGCGAGGAGAGAAGCAGAAAGUUUUGAGAGAGUAAUACAGAUGAAGACAGAGAAGAAGGAGGAAGAGUAUACGGUGAAGCUUUCGCUGUUGUAUUUGCAAGAAACAGAAGAGCGACGAAGGAAGAAAAUUGAGGAGCUUAAGGGACUUGAGAACUCACAUUGUGAUUAUAAGAACAUGAAGGUGAGAAUGGAAGCUGAGAUUGCUGGAUUGUUGAAGAGAAUGGAAGUUACAAGACAAUAAUAUGUCUGAAGAAAUAUGCAAAAACAAAAACAUGUUUGUUUAAUGGUUACAAGUCUUUGUUACGUUUGUUGUUAAGUGUUGGAGAAACUGAUAGAUGAUAGAUGAAUAUUGUGUAAUUUACUAUUAUUUCCAUGGUAUAUCUUUACUAAUAAGUUAUAUUUAAUUUG